AUGGUGUCUGAAGAUUAUGGAGCAGUUACUACAAUAAAAAAAGAGUGUUCUAUUGCAGUUUACUGUCCUUGCUUUAACCAUGCAUUGAAUAAUUCGUUGGCACAGACUUCUAAAAUUGUACCCAUAAGAAAUACAAUAGGAACUCUAAAAGAAAUAAUUGCAUUUUUUAAUGCCUCAGCAAAAAGGCAUUUGGUAUUGGAGAAUAUUUCUGCAAAACAACUGACAGGACUGUGUCAAACAAGAUGGGUAGAGAUGCAUGAUGGUGUUCUACAAUUUAAAUCUGCUCUUCCAAAGGUUAUUGAAGCGCUUACAGCAAUUUCCAAGUGGGCUGAUCGAAACUCAUCUUCAAAAGCAUCUAUAUUAUUAGCAGCUAUAAGCAACAGUGAUUUUAUAAUUUCGCUUUUAUCAACUGCUGAUAUUUUAAAAUUAACCCUGCCUGUAUCUAGACUUCUACAAUCACCAUCUUUAGAUUUAGCUAAUGCUUCUUCUGCAAUAGAAAGAGUUAAGGAAAUAUUUCAAGAAAAACGAACAAUGUGUGUUGGUGAAUUUCAUACCAUUUUCUUGAACGCUAGUACUUAG